UUGCAUUUCUUCCUUUCUUCCUUCCUUUCUUCUGCUUCUCCAGGCUAGUAUCCUUCUCUACUACUGUUGUCCUCGCCUCGCUCGGGGAAAUCCCAAGGUUGUCAUUGUCAUUGUCAUUGUCAUUCCAAUUUCCUUGUUUGUUUUUACUCGUCCCGCCUGCCGUGAUCCCCUCGAUUCUACCCUACCUUACUUUACCCUCUUUCAAAGUCUCCCUUCAUUGAGUCUUUUCUCUGCACACACACACACACACAUACACUCACCUCACCCUCACUCAUACAUACACCUCACCCAAAUUUCACAGCCAUGGCGCAAAUCCGUGGCACUGCUGGUUAUAACCUUGGCCACCAAAAUCCCUUUGGGACUCCUGGUACCGCUGCUGCAACAAAUGAUCCAAGCCCCUUGGAUGCGAUCCGGGAGCAGACAAGCAAGAUUGAGGAUUGGCUGGAUACCAUCGCAGAUCCUAUCAAGCCGUAUCUCCCCGCUGUCGGUCGUUUCCUGAUCGUGGUUACUUUUCUUGAGGACAGCCUGCGGAUUAUUACACAAUGGAACGACCAGCUUCUGUACUUGCGCGAUUAUCGCAAAAUCCCAUGGGGUAUCACGCAUACCUUCCUUCUCAUCAACGUCAUCACCAUGUUUAUCUGUUCUUUCCUGGUCAUUGCCCGAAAACACGCUGAGAUCGCUGUCGCUGGCCUCCUGAGCGUUGUUGUUGUCCAAGGGUUCGGAUAUGGACUGAUUUUCGAUCUUAACUUCUUCCUCCGCAAUCUCUCUGUGGUUGGUGGUCUCCUCAUGGUUCUGUCGGACUCCUGGGUCCGCAAGAAGUUUGUCCCCGCCGGAUUGCCCCAGUUGGAUGAGAAAGACCGCAAGAUGUACGUUCAAUUCGCUGGUCGUGUCCUGCUCAUUUUCCUCUUCAUUGGCUUCGUCUUUUCAGGCCAGUGGAGCUUGUGGAGGGUGCUGGUCAGCCUGUUUGGAUUCGUUGCUUGUGUCAUGGUCAUUGUUGGCUUCAAGGCGAAGUGGAGCGCUAUCAUUCUGGUCGUCCUGCUGAGCGUGUUCAAUAUCCUGGUAAAUAACUUCUGGACGCUCCACCCUCACCAUCCUCACAAGGAUUUCGCCAAGUACGACUUCUUCCAGAUUCUGUCUAUUGUUGGAGGAUUACUGCUUCUGGUGAACAUGGGCCCUGGCCAGCUGAGCAUGGAUGAGAAGAAGAAAGUGUACUAAGAGGGGGCGCAGCUGGGAGCAGGGGAAAUGAAAGCUCCCAUGAGUUGAUGCACUAUUUUGGUUCUUAACGAACUGAAUUCACCCUGACUAUAUGAAGGCAUUUUAUUACGAAGUUUUGGAAAUUCGAUUUUCCUUGAAGUUAUUAAAAGCAUAUCCACCCCCCCCCCC